GGUCCAAGUGGACGUGGAGAAGUAUCAGCGGCUCCUACUCUGUGGCUCUAAUAAAUACUAAACCGAAAAUGCCAUGGCCAAAAAUGUUGCGACUCAUCAACGAACGGAACAAGUUAAAAGCUUUCUAGUUUCCCGGCCGACUUCCUGGCCCUGGCCCUGGCCCUGGCCCUGCUCUUAAUCAAAAGCGAAGAUGGGGUAUGCAGUCGUUAGCGGCGGCUUUAUACGAAGCUCAAAUCAACCCACCACCAGAACCAGAUUCCCCACCACAACACUUUCCCAUCCAAUAUCUCUGGCUCCCAGUGGGAACACUACUAGUAGUAGUAUUACUACAAGUUAUGAAUCUCUCAAAAUCAAGAAAUCAAAGCCAAGAAUAUCCGCCCUGGCCGAGGUUUCCAGUUUCACUUCUGACCCUGCCCGGGCUGUGGUCACAUGGCAAAUUGUUGUUGGUGCUUUAGCUGGAAUUACACCUUUUAUGGUUGCUGGAAUUGAGUUCGGCAAAAGAAUUGUGAAACAGAGGCAAUGUGGAGAAUGUAAAGGGUCAGGUCUAGUUCUCCGGACUGACCAACAAUACAUCCGUUGUCCUGCCUGUGGUGGAUGGCUACCAUGGCAGUCUUGGAGAAGAUUCUUCACGGGUUAAAAUACUAUACUUUUCUUGCCUUGAGGAUACUUGUGGGGUACAUUGUUGAAAUGUUGAUAGAUAUGGAUGCGGGUACGAGUUUAUGCAGUCUGUGGGCUGUGUUUCAAGGAGAUUUUAUUCAUGUAAUUCUGGGUUUGGUUCGUACUUCAUAGUAGUACACCACAUACGGAUUGUGACUCCUGUUUUGUGUAACUCAAGGAAUUUGCAGUCAUGCAACAAAAUAACCACAUUUGAGGAUGUUAGUCUUUUCCCCAGAAAGUAUCAGAAGAGGUGACAGACAAAUACACCUUCCUCAACCUGUUUAAUCGUCAGUCAGUUUGUACAUGAUGGAUGGUAAUCUUUCCUUCGAUCAA